AUGUGCAGUGGAGCUGAGGGAGGCCCGUGGCCUCUCGGCAAAGACGCACCCUCUGUGACCGCCGCCGCGAUCGACCAUUACCGUCUUCAGCUUUACAAUUAUGCCAUUGCUGAACGUUUACGUCUUUAUCCACCUUCAGUUGCCCCGUGCUACGGACCUUAUGGACCACGACUCGCCCUUUCCAUGUCUCUACUGCAGCAGCGAGCCCUGCAACCGGAAGAACCGAAGCCUCAACACAGCUACAUUGGUCUCAUCGCUAUGGCAAUACUGAGUUCACCCGAACAAAAACUUGUUUUGUCUGACAUCUAUCAACACAUUUUAGACAACUAUCCGUACUUUCGGUCCCGGGGACCUGGAUGGAGAAACUCAAUUCGACACAACUUAUCUCUGAACGAUUGUUUCGUGAAAGCGGGAAGAUCAGCUAAUGGAAAAGGACAUUAUUGGGCGAUCCAUCCAGCAAACGUUGAAGAUUUUCGGAAAGGGGAUUUUCGAAGACGUAAAGCGCAACGAAAGGUGCGCAAACAUAUGGGAUUGGCUGUGGAUGACGAUGGAGAAGACUCUCCAUCUCCACCGCCGCAGUCUCCUCCACCAACAGCCUUGCCUUUACCCUUCUGGAGCGGAAGCCGCGUACCAGGGGUUGUUCCGCCUCGAAAAAGACAGUUCGACGUAGCUUCUUUAUUGGCGCCGGACGACGCACCGGAUAAAAAACCUCGACGUGACAGUAGCUGCGAAGAAGAGGUCGAAGAAGAUAUAGACGUAGUUGCUAGUGACCAAGAAGAUGUGAAAUUAGGGGAAGAUGAGACUCGGACGCCGGUCGCUCCGACGGCCCACUACCCGCUGCUUGGAGGCUGGUGGCCUGCGCUGGAUCCAGCCCUUCUUCAGCAAUUGAGAAGACAUACAUCUUCAGCUGUGUCUUCGGCUCCUCCUAGUCCGUCAGAUCAACAACGCCCACCGGACACCUAA